GAAAUUUCCGGGAACCGUGAAGUCGCACUGUGACGUCACUCCAGGAAGUGUUUACCAGCACGCCACCCCGAGUUGCACAUCUUUUUAAUAUUAUUAUUUUAGUAUUGUUAUGAUUUUAAUAUAGUUUAAUUGACGGAGACCUACAUGAAUGCAUGUAAAGAACUUUGUUGAUGAUGGAGAAAGAGGAGGACGCGUCUCCUGAGGAGUGCGUCGCGCUGUGUGACUUUACAGGAAGCGGCUCUGAGCAGCUGAGUUUCACCGCAGGAGACAGACUGCUCGUCUUCGAUAAGUCUUCAGCAGACUGGUGGUGGGCGGAGCUGCAGGGGGUCACGGGUUAUGCUCCGGCCAGCUACCUGCGCGCGGGAACCGCCGAUGAGGAAGAGGAUGCUGCUUCUAUGGAAGACCCGUGGCAGGAUGAAGAAUACUAUGGAAGCUACGGGACACUGAAACUUCAUCUGGAGAUGCUGUCGGACCGAAGCCGCACUGAAACGUACAGACGGGUCAUUCUCAGUAACAGCGCCUCCCUGAGGAACAAGGUGGUGAUGGACCUCGGCUGUGGGACGGGCAUCAUCAGCAUGUUCUGUGCUCAGCUGGCGAAACCCUCAGCGGUGUAUGCUGUGGAGGCGAGCUCCAUGGCAGACUACACUGGACAGCUGGUGAAGCAGAAUGGCUGCGAGGACGUGGUGACGGUGAUGAAAGGACGGGCCGAGGAGCUCGAGCUGCCUCAGCAGGUGGACGUCCUGGUGUCUGAGUGGAUGGGGAACUGCCUCCUGUUUGAGUUCAUGGUGGAGUCGGUUCUGGUUGCCAGGGACCGCUGGCUCAAAGAUGGAGGCGUCUUGUGGCCCUCCUCCGCAGCCCUCACUCUGGUUCCAUGUCAGGCCAGCAGCUACUAUGCAGAGAAAAUGUCCUUCUGGGAGCGGCCCUAUGGCCUGGACUUCACUCCUCUUCAGCCGUUGGCACAGGAAGAGUUCUUCAAUAAGCCUAAAUUCAGCCACAUCAUUGAGCCUGACGACUGUCUUGCUGCUCCGUGUGAUGUGAUCAGCAUGGACAUGUAUGCUCUGCAAGUGAGAGACCUUGAGGAAAUGAAGGGGGACUUUCAUUUUUCUGUGAUAAAGUCCGGGGUUUUCCAUGGAUUCACGGCCUGGUUCUCUGUUCAUUUUGAGAGCCUAGAGACCGGAGGCGCAACAGUAGAGCUGAACACCGGGCCGAAUUCUGAGCCGACCCACUGGAAGCAGACUCUUUUUAUGCUGGACAAGCCGGUGAGCGUGUUUUCUGGAGACUCCAUCGCCGGAACCAUCGACCUGCGCAGGAACCCCGUUUGGAGACGUCACAUGACCGUUACUCUACAAUGGAACAUCAACGGACAAAGUGAUAGUUCUCAGGUUGGGAAAAAAAGCUUCCCAAUGUGGAGGUGACAGACUGAACCCAACCACGAAGUGACGGUCUUCACCUCCAUGCACAGAGGAGCCCCUGGCGGGACAUCUCCAACUCAAAAAUUAACUGUAUGCACCAACUCAGACUUAAGUUUAACUUUAUUAUUACAAGACUUAAGGUGCAAAACACUACAGUACACUUUUAUGGUUUUACUCAUCUAUUGAUGUACUAUCAAUAUUUACAGUGUCACGUUGUGUGAUUUUUAUAAAGACAUCACCUUAACUUUGCCCUGUGUGAACGUCUAUUUCAGUUUUUACAUUUUUUGUUAACUUCUAUCCCGGAAGUAUCGACAUAUGCUUGGAACACGAGUCAACCAACAACACAAGGAAGUUUCUGAUUAUUGGAAAUAUUUAGCUUAUUCAUUUUCAAUAAAUUAACA